UGAUUUGGUUAAGUCAUUUCUAUCGCCCUCUCAAGGCUGCAGAAAGUCUUCCUCACCACCAACCCAGGAAAUGGGUUAACGAUCGCCGUUGUGAACUUAAACACGGCGAAGAGAAGGCUACUUGUGUUUGGUGUGUUUGCUGUGUUAGCCUACUGUAACUUCUAAUCCCCAAAGAUAUUUUGGUAGCCUAACCGUUUUUUUCAGUAGCAUAGAAUACUCGAUCAUCAAUAAUUGGCUACGUGCUCAGAAAGUCAGACUCGCCUCUUCGCCAUAAUGGGGGAGUCCAGUAUUUGCCAGGCUCGAGCUACUGUUAUGAUGUAUGAUGAUGCCAACAAACGAUGGGUACCUGCAGGAUCAGGUGCUCAAAGUGUUAGCCGGCUACAAAUAUACCACAAUACCAGCAACAGCUCCUUCAGAGUCGUGGCUCGCAAAUUACAAGCUGACCAACAGGUGACCAUGAAUUGCCCAGUUAUAAAAGGCCAGAAGUACAACCAGGCAACACCCAAUUUCCACCAGUGGAGAGAUGGUCGCCAAGUGUGGGGUCUCAACUUCAGCACUAAAGAAGAUGCUGCCACUUUUGCUGAGAGCAUGAUGCAAGCCCUUGAGGGGAUGAGUGGCGCGUCAAACACAAUGCCAACGCCGAAUGAACCCUCAUUUGAGGAGCAGGAGGAGCAGAAGAGACAGGAGAGGCAAAGGCAAGAACAGCUGGAGCGAGAGAGACAGGCUGCUGCUGCACCAGCAGCACCUCCAGCCCCUCCACCUGCUCCUGCAGCACCUCCAGCACCUCCACCACCACCCGGACCUCCACCUCCACCAUCAGGAGGAGCACCACCUACCCCGCCUGGCCCUCCACCACCUCCUGGAGGAGGCCCGCCUCCUCCUCCACCACCUCCACCUCCACCUCCCUCUGGUGGAGGUGGUGGUGGUGGUGGGCUUGCAGACGCCCUUGCUGGAGCUAAACUACGUAAAGCAGCUAGGGCAGAGAGUGGAGACAAACCAGCGGAGAGCAAAAGUAGUGGAAGCUCAGGGGGCGGAGGCGGCGGCGGAGGCCUGAUGGGAGAGAUGAGUGCCAUGCUUGCAAGACGGAGAAAAGUGUCUGAUGCUCCUGCUCCCCAAAAAGCGGAUCCUCCAAGUGAGUCAUCAGCUUCAAAAGUGCCUGUCCAAACUGAUGUCAAAAAACCUUGGGAGAAGUCUUCUACUCUGCCAAGAGCUUCAGCUGUCCCUCGAUCUCAGGAGAGCAGCCCCACCUCAGCCACCCCUUCUUCAUUGUCAAGGAACAAGCCAUCAAACAACAGCAGUGAAGUAAGCUCAUGUACUGAGGCUCAGAUGGUGAAAUUUAAAGAGGACAUCCUUGAGGAAAUGCGCAAAGAACUGCAGAAAAUAAAGGAUGAAAUCAUUCAAGCUGUCAUUCAGGAGCUGCAGAAGAAUGCUGCUACACAAGAUGAACAGUGAAAUGACUGUCUGUUUCGGGAAAAGCAGUAAUAGUUCAUUUUUAAUUCCAGAAUAACUACUUUUUGAAUUUCCAAAAGUAAACUAAAGGUUCUGGAUAGGGUGGUGUAAUAUUUAUCCUUGCUUACUUCAUGGGAUGGCAAAUGAUAAACAAUCCUGCUUUCUUUGAUAAACGUGGUGAUAAAAUGCUUUUCAUGCUCAUGCUCACUUUCAUGCCUUUUAAAACUCAGGGUUUUGAUACAAAAAUAUUUUUCAUUAUCAGCAUUUUUGUUGUCUCGUAUAUAGAUACAUUAUUUAGAACCACCUCUGUCACAACAGAAGUAAUAGUUUUGACUAUAUGGUUUUGUAAUAAAAGGCACAAUUAAAUGUAGGUACAGUCCUUGAUUCUGGUGCAAAGUUCAACAAAAUAAAUUAUACCCCUCCCCUCAU